UAUAGAGCAUGUAGAAAUGAGCCACUCCUUUACGAUAUUUUUAACGUUUUUGUCGUGUCUUGCCCGCAGCCGCAGAACCUGGUGCUGACGGGGGACUUCCCGGACUGCGACGUGAAGCUGUGCGACUUCGGCAUCUCCCGGUAUCUCGGUGAGGGUGCGGAUGUCCGCGAAAUCCUGGGGACUCCCGACUACGUGGCGCCCGAGGUGCUCAACUAUGAACCCAUCAGCCUCGCCACGGACAUGUGGUCCGUGGGGGUCCUGCUGUACGUCCUACUGACGGGGUGCUCGCCCUUCGGCGGCGAGACCAAACAAGAGACUUUCUGCAACAUCUCGCAGUGCCGUCUGGACUUCCCAGACGACCUGUUCGAGGAUGUUAGCGACCACGCCAAAGACUUGAUGCGGAAACUUAUCGUCAAGGAUCCGAAACACCGACUGAGUGCCAGCGAGUGCCUGCAGCACCACUGGUUCGCCGCCCAGGGGUCCGUCGCGGCCUCGCCCAGCCCACCGGCAGUACGGCGGCACAGCGCGGCCGCCGCGCCCUGCUCAUCCCCGAGGCCGCCGCCCCUGCCGGCGACGCCACCCCCAUCGGCGGCCGCCGCCUCCCCCGCGGCCUCCCCGCGCACCUCCCCGCCGGCGUCCCCGCGCCGGGUGGCGCCCGCCGACAGCCUGGACUCGCGGCGCCCGCUGCCCGGCCUGGACAGGUCGCAGUCGGCGCACGCGGUGCUGUCCAGGCCGCUGUCCACCGCCGCGGCGAGGCGGCUGGCGCCCGCGGACAGCCUCGACAGCCUGGACAGGCUGCCGGGCGCGCAGUCCACGCCGCGCAGCGGCAUCAGCGCCCUGCGGCGGGACACCUUCCUGCGCAACAUGGAGAGCAUCGCCAAGAGGCUGUCCGUGGCCGGGGACGCGGAUGCGGGCGCGGACGCCCCCGAGGAGGACAGCAGCAGCACGCCGAGGGCCGCCCAAGUCAGGUCCACGACCAGGGCGACGGCCAUGCAGACCAUGCCCGUGCACAGGGCGUUCGAGUUGGCGUCCCUGGGCCACGUCGCGGGCGGCAGAGGACAGCGGGGCUCGGGGCUCGUCGGGCUCGCCGGGCUGGCGACCUCGGCCGUCGACCUGCGCUCGGACAUGACCGCCAAGGAGAAGGAGGCCGUCUUCAAGUUCCGCAAGGUGUUCGUCCUGGAGGACGAGGACCUGGACGCGCUCUCGCACCUCCCCAUCUCGUCCAUGUCGCCGCCGCCCUCCAUCAACGGCUCGACGGGCUCCGGCUCGUCCGUGUACUCGGACACGUCCAUCAGCGACUCCAACAGCGACACGGUCAGCGAGCUGUCGGUGGACUCGUCCAGCGACCGCUCCUCCAUCAUCUCGCUGGACCACGACGACCAGUACCCGUGGGACAUGGCGUACGCGCGGCUGGGCCUCAGCCCGCUGGGCCGCCUCUACCACCCGGGCUACAACGUGUGGGAGCGCACGCUGCCCGGCGCGCAGCCCCAGCGCCUCUACCCCCGCGAGUGCAAGGGCUCGUUCGCGCGCGCGCUCUCGCGCUUCGCCACCGAGGACCACAACAAGCCCGAGGACAAGGCCCGGGCGGGGCCGGGCCCGAGCGGCGGCCCGAGCGGCGGCAGGCCCAUCCUCAACAAGCUGGCCCUCAUGCAGACGGCCAUGAACAGGGGGAAGCGCUGCGGCCUCGAGCUGAUGCGCGAAAAGAACGGCAACCUGGUGGUCAUUAGGGAAAUUAGGGAAGUGAAGCCCGGUGGGCGGUACGCCAGGUUUAGUGAGGUCAAGUGUGAAUCUGUGCAGUCUCGGAUUCGUAAACUUCAGGUUCAGGGAGCCAAGUCAUAAGUAUUGAAUUUCUGACUGUCAUGAAAGUUUCUUGUGAUUUUUACUUA